AUGAUAUAUGAAGAAGAUGACAAUAAUGACCUGAGAUAGUAAAAUUUAGGAAAAAGAAACAGUGGAGGCUAAAUUGAUGAGGAAGAAGACGAGAAAAAUGAAGAUUAGUUUGAAGAUAACAUGCUAACUAGCAGCAGUAACAUAAGGCUAAAUACGGCUGGAGGGGUAAAUUCGCAAUCAAGAAAUAUGACUUAGCGGGUAAUAGAUGGAAACUAGUAAGUAACUAGGAACUAAACCCAAACAGGUGCUAAAUCCUAAGGAGGCUUUGGAGUGCCGACUCAUAGACAAAAUAAGAGACCUAUCUCAAUCCUCAAAAAUAAAAAGGCAUAAGUUGGCUUGAAGAGCACUUUUCAUCAUUCUGCUAGUUAGCAUUUUUGGGGUACACUAGGAGAUUAAGAUAAUAGCAAUCCAGAUUCACCAAGUGGGUUCAGAACAAAAGAGGAUAAGACCAACUAGAAAACAAUCACUGACAUUAAUUUCUUUGAAUGCAGAGAGGUCACUAAUUGUGAGUUUAUAUAUGAGCACAGUGAUAAAAACACUUCUAAUAGAGGUGGAGGGCUCCUAGAUUCAUUGGGGAGACUAUUUACAAGAUCAUCAGGUUAGGCUGAGAUAACUGCAAUGUGUGGCAUUAAGGACUUGCUGGCUCUCGGAUUUUCAAAUGGAGUUUUGAUAUUAUUCGACAUUGAUCGCAAUGAAAUUGUGUUCUCUCACAAGCACUUCACCAAGAAUGACAAGCCUAUUGACAAACUUAAACUAUUUCAAAUGGAUAUUAAGAACAACCUUGAUGACUAGAUUAACCUGCUGUUGAGUCUUUCAGAAGGAUUGCUGACCUAUCAUCGAUUCCCUAAGAUCUAAAUGGUUGAUGAGCUGAUACUCGAAAACAAUAUUAUAGACUUCCAGCCUUAUUAGAUUUCAAACUCAUCAUUCUUGGCUACACUUCAUAAAAGCCCUAAAGAAUUGAAGAUUUUCAGAUUGAAUAGUAGACUUGAAUACAAAUACGUAACUAAAGUUAGGCUAGAUCAUAUUCCCAUGGCAUUUACAGUCUACAGAGAUAUUUUCUUGAUUAGCUAUCAGCAGUAUGCUGAGUACCUUAGAAUCGAUAAUAAAGGAAAGGAAACUGAGACAGUCACAAGAUUCAGUCUUUGGUAAAAUGAUGAAGCAGAUCAGAAAUACAUGCCAUUUCCAGUAUUUGAUGAGUCAACACAGGCUUUUGUGAUAACUAAAGAGAACUACUCCUUUUACAUGGAUGUGAAGGGAGUCUAUGACAGAGAGUUUAACAAGAUAAUGUGGUCAGAUCAUGUAAUGCAGGUAGAGAUAGUGAGGCCAUACCUAGUUGGAUUCUUAUAAAACAGCAUUGAGAUCAAGAACAUAUUCAAUCCUAACAGAGUGGUUCAAAAGAUUGAACUUCUAUAGAGUACAAUAUGCAGGCACACUGUGGCUUAAAAUCAUAUUAGCUUAAGGGAAUUAGAUAGCAUGUAUAUACUUCUUAAUAGAAAGCAAUCAAAUAUUAAGGUGCUACUGAAAAUGUCUUAAAUUGAUCCUAGAGUUCAAAUAAGCAUGCUGAUUGAAAGGAAAUUAUAUAGCACUGGGCUAAAGUUCUGUGAUUUUUUGCUUGACAAUAACUUUGAAGGAAUGACAAGAGAUUAAUAUGACAAGCUAUAGAGAGAAAAAGGAUUCUACAAUUUCAUAGUCAAACGAAGAUAUUACAUUGCAAAAGAAAUCUUUAAGGAGUAUAGAGUACCAUUGCAACUCGUCAUAUUACUGUUUUCAGAGAUAUACCCAAGUAUCUUCAUUUAAAAGCUGAUUGAGAUGUUCGAUAUAAACAUUAAGGAAAUACCCUAUUAUGAGCUAUAGAAAUAGAAGGAGAUGGGUGGCAUGUUUGAUUAUCAAAUAAAGUCUGGCUUUAUUAGUAGAUCAAGCGGCACUGGACUGAAUCCUUAUAUGACUGGAGGUAAUAAUCCGUUAGGAAACACUUUGCAAGAUAAUGACAUGUUCCUUAAGAAUGAAAUAGACCCUGAAAAACUCUAAGCAAUGAGAGAAUUCUUGCAUUACUUUAUUAAGAAGAGAAAUGAACUUAUUAAGAAAAUUGAGAAACUCUCAUUAAUAGAAAAGGCAGGAUCUGGCCUCGAUAAGUAUCAAACUGCUGCUAUAAAUGAAGGAUUUUAAAGUUUGUAUAGCCCUAUGCAAUACCAAUAAUAGUAGUAGAAUGAGUAAUUCAGCACUAUAUAGGGUUAUGGAGGUAGUGUCCCAAAUCAAGGAAUUCAGAGUCUUGCUGGAUAAAGUCCUAGUAUAUAUACCGGUAUAAAUCAAAUGAGAUAAUAGAUACCAAGAAAGAGGUCUUUUGAAAGAGUCAACAAUUAUGAGGAGUAAAACAAUCCAUUUGACCUUGAGAUUAUUCCUGACAAGAGAUACCAUUAAUCUGACAAUGAAAACACCGAUCAAAAGAUUUCUCAACUUUACUAUCUGAGAAUUAUGACUGAGUUCUUUAUAUUUCACUCGCUCAUUCUUCUUAUUAAAAGCGAUGAGGAAAAAGAUAAGCUUGUACUGAGAAACGAGUUUUACUCACUGAUAAAGAAUGAUAAUGCCUUACCCUCUGAUUUCUGCAAGGAUCUGUUCUUCAACUAUGAGAUGUAUGAUGAGGCCUUGUUAUUCUUGUUCUACAGAAGAGAGUAUAAGGAAUUACUAAUGCUAAUACAAAGAGAAUUUGAAAGAAAUAAGGCUGAUAAACAAAGUAGGCACUAUUGGUGCUCCAAGUUCAUUAAGUAUUGCAAAAAGAUCAAUGAACUCGGAAAUGAAGACUUUGCAAUACAGCACACAGACUGGAUUUUCCAAGUCAAUAUUGAUGUUGGAUUGGAGUGCUUGAAGAAGUUUGACAAGAAGGAUCCAUUCAAAUCAGAUAAAAUCUUGAGAUACAUUAAAGACUAAGGCGGACUUUAAGCUUGCUUGAAAUACCUAGAAUAUCUAACAUUGGAAUGUGGAGUUGAGGAUAGACCUAUUCACACUGAACUUGCAUGCCUUUAUGUCUCUUAUAUCGCUAUAUCACUGGAAUAGUAUACCCUUUAAGAGGAGCAUACAUGGGAUACUAACAAUUCAAACAUCAUCAACCAGAUAUCGUUCAAUAGUGAAUUAGCAGAUUAAGAUGAGAGAAUUUAUGGUAUUUUCACGAAUAAUAUUAAUAUUAUAGAACUUAGGAAAAAACUGAUGACAUUAUUUGAUAACAGCGAUUUAUUCGAGCCAUAACCCAUACUUGAAUUAAUGCCUGCAAAUUAUCUGACUAAAGAAAAAGUUCUUCUCCUAAUCAAAUCAAGAAGGUAUAAAGAGGCUUUUGGUAUAUGUGUCGAUCAAUUGAAGGAUGUAGAAUAUGCUAUGAAGGUCGCUCACAGAGGGUAUAAAUGGCAUAGAGACAAGUCAAUCUACUUCUACGUGUUUGUCAAAUUGCUUCAAUCCGGAGAACGAGAGCAGGCAAUGAGUAUUCUGCAAAAGAACUUCCAUUUCGUGUCUCCAGAGUAGAUCACUAAACAUCUAGCUGAAUAGGAGUCUUUUGAUCAAGGUAUGAAUAGAUUUUACCAAAGAUCUUUCGUUGAGAUGGAGAAAGUCAACAAAGAGCUGGCAGUGCUUAAAAAUCUCACUUCCUAUGAAUACUUUUAAAUAGCAGAGGAGCUUUAUGAAGAAACUAAUAAACACAUUGUGAUAACUGAGGACACUGAAUGUUAUAGCUGCAAGAAAAAGAUUCUACAGUACCCCUUCUAUUAUGUCCCAGAGACUUAGCACAUAAUGCAUUACUUCUGCUUUCAAAAUGAAAACAGAGAGUACUAUUCAGCUUAGUUCUAACAGCAGCUAAGACAAUAAGAGCCUAUUCAAAGUAAUAUAAUGCACACAGCAGCACCUGGAAUAAAUGAGAUAUCACCCAAUAAGAACUUGCCAGUAAAUUGA